AUUGAAAUAUUUUUAGUAAAAGUUUAAUAACAAAAAAGUAAUCAUGAAGUGUAUCAUAUUAAUCGUGGGAGUUUUAGCCAUCUUAGCUUUAGCUCAAGCUGAGGAUGAGGCUGCUCAAGCUCCACAAUCAGAACCGGAUUCAGAACAAGCACCACAAGCUGAAGAACCCCAGGACGAUGAAAAUGAAAACCAACAUCAUCACGAACACAGACAUCAUCACAAACGUCCAUCAGAACAAUCACCGCAAUCUGAAGAACCCCAGGGUGAUGGAAAUGAAAACCAACAUCAUCACGAACACAGACAUCAUCACAAACGACCAUCAGAACAAGCACCGCAAUCUGAAGAACAACAAACAGAUAAACGUCCUGAUGAUAAACCACCUAAACGUACACCAGUUUUCGGCAUUGGAUUCCAUUUAGAUACCGGCAAAUAGAUUUGUACUUAAUUCCUUAAAAGUAUAAAAAUAUCCAUACGAAAUAACUAGCAAUAAUAAAUCAUUGCAAAACAAAUCAAUCACAUAUAAUUUUCUUUAUUGGAACAAUUAUAAGUAUUAGAGUGAUACCGUUUGUAUGGAGCUUAAAAUGUAGUGAAUAUUCCCAACUAAAAUUAAGGUUUACUUUAUUUAAAAAUACAAAUUCUUAAACUGUU